UUUGUUCACGUUGUGGCACUGCUUACUUUUUUUUUUACUUUCUUUUUCUUUCUAAUAUUAAGCAAUGACUUCAUCUAAUCUAGCGUUUGAGCUGUUUACUCUACCAACACAGGUAGACACAAGUACUUUUUGGACAAACUUAAAGGAGAAUAGUCACUUUGUUUUACAGCAAACAAAAACUCAAAAGAACGGCAUAAUGAGAAGUGUCUUGGGCACACUGCAAAAUGUGUAAAUAAAUACUAUGACUUAACAUACCCUAAAUACAUAUAUUAGCCUAGAUACAAAACAAUCACCUUAUCGAGUUUUGUUUCGACGUGUUAAUGGAACAAAUAGUAUGGGCUUGGAUUGAAUCCAACUUACUUCCUCCACUUGAUAACCUGGAUACAGAAGAAAGAGAACCUUAUGUUGUUACAAAGAUAAACUCGAUUGUUACACGCAGAGAUUCUGGUACAGAUGAAAUAUCUGCUGAUGAAAAAGUAAGAAAGGCUUCAAGAAGUUUUAGACAAACCUUUAAUGUUCCUUCAUCAGAACGUCUUGUUAAUUACUAUUCCAGUGCCUAUCAUACCAAUCGAUUCACAAGCCAAGGAUGGCUUUAUAUCAGUGAAAACUACCUUGCAUUCUAUUCUUUCUUGCUUGGGUUUGAGACAAAACUCUUGCUCGAACUCAAAGAUAUCCAGGACCUUAAAAAGGAGAAAUCAAAACGUGGCGUAUUUUCUGAUGCUAUCAAGAUAUACAUGAAAGAUAAGAGCGAGCAUUUCUUUUCAAAUCUGUUUAAACGAGAUGAAGUCUAUGAGAUUUUGGUCCAAUUGACUGGAUUAGCCAUGCAAAGAGUGCUGAAAAGUACAGCUUUAGAGCAUGCACCUGGAAGUGAUGUGUCGAUUGAUAUCAAGGACAGUGAUAUUGAUGCUAUUCAAGAUGCUGAUGUCUCUUCAAACAAAAUGGCUUCUUUGCCUGCAGCUGAAAUAAGAAAACUAAUGCAGCCAUUAAAGACUAACUUGGAAGCACAGAAACGAGAUGAGAAAUUCAGGGCAAAAUUCAGAUUACCACCCGAUCAACACUUGGCUUAUUCAUUUAUCGCAACUCACCCUGCUACUGUCUCAGAAGAAAUUGGGUCAGAAAAGCCAAAGUUGGUCAAUUAUGCAGGCAUUUUGAACUUGUCAGAAGCCUACUUGACAUUCAAUUCAACAGAUCAAGGUGCUUAUUUUGAAGCAGUGAUGCCUCUUUAUACCAUUCGUCGUGUAGAAAAACUAACAGACGAAACUAAUGCUUAUUCUAUAAAAAUUGUGAAUUGGCAUCAAUCUGAAUCUGUAUUUCAUCUGAAUGCAGAUGAAAAAGGUUAUCAGGAAUUCUCGGCUACAUUGACCAAUAACCUCAAAAAUCAAAUCAAACAUAUGAGAAUGAUGAAGCAAUUCUUAACUACGUGUGCAUCAGAAGCUGUGCUUGCAGACAAGACCUACGAGGAAAUGAACUUGAUUCCCGGUGGAUUAGGUUUAACAUUCGAUUUUCCGGGUGAUCCCAAAAAGCUCAAGGAGAAAAGCAAAAUGAAGUUAUGGAAAAAGUAUUUUCAGGAACAUGGCAGAAAUCUCACGAUUGCAAAAACACCUCGCUUUGCUAAACUGAUUCGUGUUGGAUUGCCCAAUCGAUUGAGGGGUGAAGUAUGGGAGAUUUGCUCAGGCGCCAUUUUUGAAAGAUUUAGAAACCAAGGAUUAUACGACAGAAUUUUAGAAGAAAACAAAAACAGAAGCUCAUUGAGCCUGGAAGAAAUCGAAAAGGAUUUAAAUAGAUCAUUACCCGAAUACAAGGCUUAUCAACAACCCGAAGGUAUCAAUAGCCUCCGAAGAGUAUUGAGCGCCUAUUCAUGGAAAGAUCCUGAAUUGGGUUACUGUCAAGCCAUGAACAUUGUCACGUCUGCUAUCCUCAUCUACAUGAGCGAAGAACAAGCUUUUUUUACGCUUGGUGUUUUAUGUGAUGACUUGUUACCCGGCUAUUACAGUACAUCAAUGUAUGGUGCUCUUUUAGAUCAAAUCAUUUUUGAACACUUGUUAGAAAAGACCAUGCCUAAGCUGCAUGCUCAUUUCAAAGCGGCUGAUAUUCAAUUAUCUGUUGCUUGCUUGCCAUGGUUCUUGAGCCUUUACAUCAACUCUAUGCCAUUACUGUUUGCUUUUAGAGUUUUGGAUUGUUUCUUUAUGGAAGGACCCAAGGUUUUAUUUCAAAUUGGAGAUAAACACUCAUAUGUUACAUUAGCUAUCCUUAAAAUCAAUGGUGACGAACUAUUAGAAGCUACUGACGAUGGCGUCUUUAUGAACACGCUGAAGCAAUACUUUAAUAAUUUGGGUAAUCCUCUUUACCCUAACUCAGAAAACCCAAAGGCCAAGAAUCUGACGAAAUUCAAUGAGCUCUUGUUGGUUGCUUAUCGUGAAUUCAGCAAUGUAACAGAUGAACUUGUUCGAGAAUUAAGGCAGACAAAUCAACUCAAGGUGGUUGCAGGCAUUGAAUCUUUCACUAAACGAUCCGCUGUGCGUAACAUUGACAACACAGCAGGUCUUGACAAGACAGAGAUAGGUAUUGUUUAUGACAAAUUUCAUAAUGUAUUGUAUUACAAGCAACAAAGUCCCUCUGAACGCAAUGAUUCUAAAAUGGACCUCAAAUCAUUUGAAGUCUUUAUUGGUUCGCUUGCUUCCUGGGCUAAAAUUGACUCAGAAGAUCAUCAAUCUGACGAUCGUCAACGGCAACUAAAAGUAGCUAAAAAUUUUUUAAGCCAGCUAUUCAAAGUGUUUGACGUACAACAGACACAUCAUUUAAGUCUUCAGAGUGCUAUCAUUGGACUUGGCUCUAUUUCCAAAGGCGAUUUGAAUUCACAAAUUAGACUAUUUUUUAACUUGCACGACAUUGACAAGGACAACUAUCUAAACAAGGAAGAAAUCCUUCAGCUAUCUGAAACUUUACUUUGGAUUUUCCGCCUUACGCAAGAUGAAAACCAUUUGAAUGCAGUCUCUACAUUUCUGCAUAAUGCAUUUGAAUAUGCAGAGACAAGAAAUGACGAAAAAUAUUUGUCAUUAGAAUCAUUCAGGAUGAUUGUACUUGCAGACGAAACUUUAGAAAAUUUCUUUGAUCAUGAGUUUGCUGCUUCUUUCAAGUUGACCGAGAAACCUGUUGAGCAACAACGAAGUCUUGGCCGAGAAAUUUUUGACAACCUCCUUGCUACAGGUGCUAAAUUAGCUUCAACAACAGUUCGACCUCAAUUCAGAUCGAAAUUGACAGAUGCUUCUUCCAUCAGUACAUCCGAAGUUCAGACAACUAUCGAUGCUAUAGAAACUGCCAAGGUUAAAGAAAAGGAAGAAGAAAAGAAAGAAGAAAAGAAAGAAGAAAAGAAAGAAGAAAAGGGAGAAGAAAAGGAAGAAGAGGUGAAGGAUAUCCCCACAAAUCACUCGGUUGAGAAGCAUAUUCUCGGUGAUGACUCUGAUCCUGAUUCCGACGAUGAAGAAGAUCUUAGUCCUGAUGUAUUGGAAGAAGUAGAUAGACUUUUGAAAGAGUACGACGAUGAAGAUGAAUAAAUAAAUGACGAAAUGAACACUACAA